AUGGAGCUUCACCUGUACUUUGCCAUCAUCUUGCUUGGUACGGUCGCAGCAGUCUUCAAGUUGAUUUUGUACCCCGCAUUCUUCUCUCCUCUGGCCAAAAUCCCAAAUGCGCACUGGUCUUGCAGUUUCAGUCCUAUUUGGAUUUUCUGGAUGAAAUGGACGAAGCAAGAGAACAGCCGCAUUUAUAAGCUCCACCUGGAGAAGGGUCACGCAAUUCGACUUGGACCAGGCCUAGUCAGCGUAAACUGUUAUGAAGACGGACUGAAGAAAAUUUAUCAUGGAGGUUUCCCGAAACCAGAGUUUUAUUUCAACGGGUUUGCUGUUUAUGGUACCGAUAAUCUGUUUACUAUCAAAGAUAAUCAAACUCAUGCCGCGCAUAAGAAAGCCCUCGCGAGUUGCUUCUCCAAAUCAUCUGUCAUGUCAUCCCAGACUGCCCGCAGCGCGUCGCGAGACAUCUUAUUCAAUCGCGUGCUUCCCUUGAUUUACAACGCCUCAAUCGAGAAUCAGCCAAUCGAGGUCAUGGAUCUCACUUACGCCUACCUACUGGAUACCUUUGUUCAGUGGCAGUUUGGACGGUCGAUAGCCAGCAAUCUGGUCGAAGACGAAAAAGAACGGAGGUUUUACUUGGACGGAUUCCUCGGAGUGGCUGAAUACACAUUCUGGCAGUACCACUUUCCUCGUCUAGUCACCAUGUUCCAGAAAAUUGGCAUAUAUCUCAUCCCUAAAAAAGUCUUAGCUGCUUUCGAGGGUGUCGAGAAGUGGAAUCUGGAGAAAUGCGAUAAAGCCCAAGAGCUUCUCGCAAGUGGGAAAGAUCUGGCGGUGGAUGAUCAACCAGUCGCCUUUGAACCCGCAUUGAAAGGGAUGAGCGAAGUUCAGGGAAAGCCAAAGAUGUAUGCAAACCGCCUUUCUUUGGCAAGUGACAUGUUUUCUCUAAAUUCCGGGGCAUUUGAAACCAGUGGCAAUACCUCUACUUACCUACUUUACGAGUUGAGUCGUCACCCGGAGUGGCAGACCAAACUUCGUAAAGAACUGCUCGGACUCAACCCGCCUUUGAAGCACGAGCCCGGCAAGAUCAUCGAGAUCGAUGACAUCACAAACCCCCAGGAUAUUGACAAGCUGCCAAUUCUUCACGCCGUGCUCAUGGAAACCCUUCGACUUUGGCCCUCGGUGCCUGGUGGUCAACCUCGGAUAGUGCCACGGCCUUGUACCUUGGGUGGCUACCACAACAUUCCUGCAGGAACGACGGUGCAAGCAUACGCGUCUGUUCUUCACCGUAUGCCCGAUGUAUUCCCUGAACCUGAGAAAUGGAAGCCAGAAAGAUGGCUUGAUUCGACCCCGGAGCAGUUGGCUCUCAUGAGAAAGUGGUUCUGGGGAUUCGGCAGUGGUGGAAGGAUGUGUCUCGGCAUCCAUUUCGCCUAUUACUCGAUUAAAUACUUUUUCGGAAGCGUUUAUUCCAAUUUUACGACCACAAUUCACGACCACGGGGAUAUGGAAGCGAGUGAUGGUUAUCUUGCAGGCCCGAAAGGUCAUUGUUUGGAACUGAAAUUCCAUCGUUUGGAAUAA